CCCCCACGAGUUUGUAGGUAGGUAGAUAGGUAGGUGAAGCGGAGUAGGUAGGUAGGUAUAAACGACGGCAGGCUAAACUGCGGGACAGCCGCGGAUGGUAGACCGUGUCGGGGUCGACGCUUUUCGUGAUGACGGGGACUCUAGCGCAUAUGGUCGGACUCUCUCGAGGUGAGGUAGUGGCAAUGACCGUUCUCUCCCGCGUUCUUCCUCGUCUCUCUCCCGAUCUUCUCCUCUUCCUUCUCCUCGCCCCCUCUUUCUUCUACCUGUUGCGGAGAUUCUGCCACUACCACCACCAUCACGACCACCACCAUCACAAAUAAUCAUCAUAGUUAGUUUCCUUCUUCUGCUCAUGUGUGUUGUCUUCCCUUACCCUGGCUGCUCUUCUCCCAUCUUCCCCACUACGACCUCGUUGUCGCCGUUCGCAGAUCGGCGGCGGAUGGUCGCUCGUACCGUCGACGGUGCUUCUUUUUUACCUCCAUUUUUUUUUAUUAUUAUUAUUUCUCUUUCCCGAUCAUUCCUCGGAUUCGUGAUGUUCAUUAGAGGAUAGCGAUGUUUUUCUGCAGUGGCGAUUUGACCAAAUGAACAAGACUGGAUCGUGGUUAACGAAGGCGAGCGCCGGUGGUCUUUUCGUGUUUUCGCGAUUUCAGAACAGCGAUGCGAUAAUUGGAAUAAUAAUACGGUUGAAGAUCGACUUGGCUCAAGGCUAUCUAAAUUUUUCAAACUACAUCAGAAAGGCGCGAUCGUGCAAGCGCGAGGGAUCUAUGAAAGGAAGAUCCACGUAAGGAGCCGCGAGUAGGAGGACGAUUGGUGGGGUUGAACCUCGAGGAUUGGCUAGGGGUUGCAGCUGGGGGAUGCGUCGGAGGGUGCCUUUGCAAGUAGGUAUAUAUACUCCUGUCGGCGGCUCAGCGGCCGAUCCGAACUACUGAAACGUUCGCCAGGAGUACAUCAGAAAGAUACAUCAGGGUGCCGAAUAGAUCAAGAAGAACCCGCCAGGUGCCAGUGAGACGAACUUAGGAUUUCCCUCAAGUGUGAGCUGAUAUUCGUCUUUCUCGAUCGCGAUUUAUUAUCCGAUCCAUUAGCCAAUCGUCGCGGAAAUUUGUUUGUCGAUCGCAACCAAGACUACCACUAUUACUUCAAGCUGUUCGAAAUGCGGACAUGGAUGAUGAGCCUUGCUCAUUUCCCCUGUUGCUUACUGUUGGCCACCGUUGUUAUUGGAACAUCAAUUAUCCACGCCGAACCGGAACCCAUGGCUAGACUAACCAGACCGAAAGUGUUUGGCAGUCCCGAGGAGUUUAAAAAAUAUGCCAAUCUUGUUAAAGAUUAUUUUUUCGCGUUAGGAAAAGCGAGAUUUGGCAAACGAGAUGAUAUCGCCAUACCAAUGUCGACGGAGUUGAGCAAUUGGGAAAUUCUGAGGAUGAUCCAAAACGCGCAGCGGCAGAAGAAAAUUAGGCAGAAUAAAGAGGUUCUGUUCCAUGACUUUCAGAGCUCGGACAUCGACAAGCAUACAUCGAGCGUCCCUGCAAGACCUGGCUCUCUUUCGGACAUGAUCAACAAUUACGACGAUGUACAAUAAAUAAUCUCGUGUAGCAUCCUCUAUUCUCUCUCCUAAUCUCCCUUCUUAAUUUCUCCACUCAAUACUGAAAUAAAUCAAAGUUCUUCACCGUCCCGAGUUUACGAAUGAUUGUAACAUCUAUCGAUGUUAAAUUCACUUCUCACUUUUCUCUCUUCACCACAAUUUAGUUUUGUGUUAUGAAUAUCUUGUCAAAGAUAUCAAAGAUAAUAAUCGCGAUGUGGUGCCUGAAGAUGAUAGAGAGCAUGUGAGGAUGCUGAAUGAGUAAUCUCUUGUCAAGGAAACGUGAAAACGUUCAAAUCGGAAUCCAAUUAAUGACGCUUGAGAUAAAUCGAAUUCUACGAAUUAUGUGAUACGAAUCUAGAUAGCAAGAUUGUAAUCCCAUUUAAUCUUAUAUGUAUAAAUUUCUUUGUUAAUAAUAUUUAACAAGCAUAAUAAAGCUGAACUGACGAAUAAAUUAGGAAUAACUGCCAUCCAUUUAUUAGAACUUUAUUUCGAUAAACCGUAUGGAAAAUCGAUUGGUACAUAUUGAUUUUGUUAAAUUCAUUUGUAAUUAAUUUUAAAUUAAAUAAAAUUACCGUUAAUAUA